GGGCUAAUCUGAUUUUUUUCUAAAAGCAUUUUCUUUUCUCUACUCCUUCCUGGGAGAAAAAAAAGGGGGUUGAGGGGGGAGAAAUGCCUUGUCAUGCAAGGGAGCAUAUACCUUCUUGCAUUUCCAAGGAUAUGCUGGGCCUGCUGUGCCCCCCUACCCCAUUGUCUUUGCAAUUUGAGGGCUCUCACUCACAGCCAGUUUUGGUGGUGUAGUUCUCUCUCUCUUCUUCUUUUUUCCUGGUUUGCCUGCUGGUUUGCCUGUUGCUUUGUGUGGGAGGAGCAGUGACUAAGUGAGCAGCUACCUAGCAGGAGCAAAAAAAAAAAAGAAAGAGUCAAGAGGAGAAGAAAAGUGAGAGGAAAAAUAACAGGAGGGCAGCAAAGAUGAGAAUAAGGAAGCACUUGUCCGCUGUUCAUCUUCCUGCAGUUGCCAAUCCCAUCUUGAGGUCGCAAAUCACUGCAGCGGCAAAGCCAGCAGCAGCAGCAGCGGCGGUGGUCACUGCAGCUCUAGCUCCUGGUAACUUUCCUGGAUGCAAAGAUGAGAAAGAAGAAGAAGAACAAGGAGAGAAAUCCUUGCCUGGAAAUCGAGGAGCGGUCCCGGCGAGAGCUCCAGCGCUUGUAGGGCUUGUAGCAGUCGAGGAGGAAGUCGGGGAUAAGGUAGCAGCAGCAGCAGCGGUAGCAGCGGUGGAAGGAAAAGGCCGGGGCUUGGUUGCCGAGGUUUGUAGCAGCAUUCGGACGAGCAGCAAGAACCAAGACGACGCCGCCGCUAUGGUGCUGCUGCAGUCGAGCUCGUUGCAGCAGUUCCCGGAUCUCUCGUCGCCCAUGACUCCGGCGGUCUCGCUCCCCACCAGGCCAAAGAGGACAAAGCCCCGGAGCUGCAGUGCGGCUAGUCCCAGCUUUGUUUGUCCUCCGCCGCCUCCUCCUCCUCCUCGUCCGGGCCUCGAGCAGCGGCAACUCCAACUCGCCCCAGAGAUGGCUUGCAUGCAGCAGCAGCAACAGCAGCUCCUCCGAGAUCACGGCGGCGGCGAGCUCGACGAUGACGACUCAAGUCCCAAGUCAGUGAAGGUAACUUCGGAUCUUAUCGACGUUUCAUCGCCUCCGAGGGAAGCACCACCACUGCAGAAGGAAGCAGCAGCAGCAGCAGCGGUAGCAGGAGAUACCGACACCGUGGUGGUUAGUGGAGCACUAAUAGAGCAGAGAAGAAGUACCAGGAGGCCGAGGAGUAGAAGCGCUAGCUUGAGGAACCUACAAGAGCUGGAGGACGACGGAGAGGCGAACGAAGGUAGCCAGUGCCGGCGAAUGGACGGCAAAGGAUGGAGGUGCCACCGCACGACUCAGCCCGACUACUCGCUCUGCGACUAUCACCUGGACAAAUUCCGAGAAACCAAUCAGCGAAAGCUUAGGAACGCAGCGACAGCUCAGGAAGCAACAAGGAGACGCAGCCGAGUGAAGAGGAAACCCGUGAAAGCUCGAUCACUCAUGUCGAUCUGAGAGUCGAGAGAGUCAUGACAAGGCAUGACUUGGAAGUCACUCAAACAAAAAGCCUGAGGGAAAA